AUGAAAAUUGCCUGUCUCAGGUUCAUUGGCUGCCCCAUUGCUCACUGCAUUAGGGAAGAUAUGAAUCUGGAUCAGAGUGGAGAAAUGUACCCCUCUAGGCUUCCUCUGGAUUCCCACUUGAUACUCUACUUCCUUGCACAAGGGGCCAGAAAGAGGACCAUAAAGUGCAUCAAGAGUCACACCAACGUUACCAUCUUCCAUCCUGCAGUUUUUGUCCUACUUGGCAUCCCUGGGUUGGAGGCUUAUCACAUUUGGCUGUCAAUACCUCUUUGCCUCAUUUACAUCACUGCAGUCCUGGGAAACAGCAUCCUGAUAGUGGUUAUUUUCAUGGAACAUAACCUUCAUGAGCCCAUGUAUUUCUUCCUCUCCAUGCUGGCCGUCAUGGACAUCCUGCUGUCUACCACCACUGUGCCCAAGGCCCUAGCCAUCUUUUGGCUCCAUGCACAUAACAUUGCUUUUGAUGCCUGUGUCACCCAAGUCUUCUUUGUCCAUAUAAUGUUUGUGGGGGAGUCAGCUAUUCUGUUAGCCAUGGCCUUUGACCACUUUGUGGCCAUUUGUGCCCCGCUGAGAUAUACAACAGUGCUAACAUGGCCUGUUGUGGGAAGGAUUGCUCUGGCCAUCAUCUCCCGAAGCUUCUGCAUCAUCUUCCCUGUCAUAUUCUUGCUGAAGUGGCUGCCCUUCUGCCGAACCAACAUUGUUCCUCAUUCCUACUGUUAGCAUAUUGGAGUGGCUCGUUUAGCCUGUGCUGACAUCACUGUUAACAUCUGGUAUGGCUUCUCAGUGCCCAUUGUCAUGGUCAUCUUGGAUGUCAUCCUCAUCACUGUGUCUUACUCACUGAUCCUCCGAGCAGUGUUUCGUUUGCCUUCCCAGGAUGCUCGGCACAAGGCCCUCAGCACUUGUGGCUCCCACCUCUGUGUCAUCCUUAUGUUUUAUGUUCCAUCCUUCUUUACCUUAUUGACCCACCAUUUUGGGCAUAAUAUUCCUCAACAUGUCCAUAUCUUGCUGGCCAGUCGUUAUGUGGUGGUGCCACUGAUGCUGAACCGCAUUGUCUAUGGUGUGAAGACUAAGCAGAUACAUGAGGGUGAAGCCCACCGGUUCUUUGACAUCAAGACUUGGUGAUGUUCCUCCCCUCUGGGCUGA